AUGAUGUCAUUCGAGACACACUCACACACAGAACAAGUCGUUGCUCGUUGGCUCGUUACCGCGCCUCACGCCUGUUUACUUCCAUAAAAUCCUACUUCGGACUUCCUAUACGUUGAGACGAGCCCCGUGGCUGUGAUUUAAAUUAUUUAUUUAUUGUACAAAUAGUUCUAUAUUACAAAAUGGCGAACAACAGAGCAGCGAAGUCUGGAUUUGCCGCCGAAGCUCAAAGGAAGAUCAAUAGCAAGUACAGCGAAGAGUUAGCUGAAGAAUGCUUGGACUGGAUCAGGGUGAUAACUGGAGAGCCAGACAACACGUCGGGAGACAUGGACAACUUUUAUGAAGUUCUUAAAGAUGGCACUCUACUAUGCAAGCUCGCCAACACUCUUCAGCCUGGAACAAUCAAGAAGAUAAAUGAAUCGAAAAUGGCGUUCAAGUGCAUGGAGAACAUAAACGCUUUCCUGGAAGCGGCGAAGCACUUUGGUGUUCCAGCGCAGGAGACGUUCCAGACCGUAGAUCUGUGGGAGAGGCAGAAUUUAAACUCUGUGGUCAUUUGCCUGCAGUCUCUGGGUAGAAAGGCGGGCAAUUAUGGAAAGCCUACAAUAGGGCCAAAGGAAGCUGAGAAGAAUGUCCGUAACUUUACUGAGGAACAACUCAGGGCAGGCCAAGGUGUCAUUUCUCUGCAGUACGGCUCCAACAAGGGGGCAACACAGAGUGGCAUCAACUUUGGAAACACAAGACAUAUGUAAAGUCUUACUUAAGGGCUGUUUUGUAUCUCAAACUACAAUCUAUUAUCGAAAAACUCAUAACUGUUAGCACAGUAUAUUAUUUAUGCUAAAGCAGUAUGCAAACUACUUAAAAACGUUGGGAACGACGCACGCACACAGACACGCGAGCCGUGUUGAGACAUGCAUGACACUGCUUAUGUGUGCGUGCGUUAUAUCUAACGUUGGUACAUAGUUUCUAUAGUGAUUUUGCUAAUAUAUGUACUGUGUUAUUAGGGUCCUAUGUAGCCCCUGACACUAUAUCGGUGCUAACAACAAAAUUCAUUAAGUUCUAAAGAAAAUACUACUCCCUAUAUAAUUAAUACGUCUAGAUAGAUUGAGACAGCGUCGAUAUAAUAGCGCCAAACUGUUAGCUUCUAUUUCUAGCUACGCACGCACACUAAAACAAUGUGGCUGACAUAUCGCGAGUGUAAGACGAAGCUAUCUCGCACACUAAGGUAAUAAACUUACUUCAUACGUCGCCUAAAAACAAGAGGCUUCUAGACGUAUCAACUAUCUUAAAUGCUGUCAAAAUUUAUCAUCAGAUGUCCUGGUUAAGUCUUAUUUCUUUUUAUUACAACAAACGGUGCCGUGGUAGUUAUAUUUGAGAUGCAUUACAUUGCCCAUUCCGCUAACACCGAUUAUGGAUUUCGGCAGUGUUGCCACAGUCAUAAAAUAAUGUUCAAUCCAUAGAUUAUUUUGACUAACAAUUUUAUUAGAUUUACACAGAAUGUACUUAGACGAAAAUUGAGUCUCGUAAUUAUAAGGAAACGUAAAACAGAUCUAACGUAAAAUCUCUAAUACAAAUUAUUUUACUCUUAAGUCAUUUGUGAGCAUUCCGGAUUCAUUCCAAGUUUGGAAUUAUUUUGUAUUAUUUUAAAAAAUUACACACGUAAGCUUCUUUUGGACUUACUAGAUUUAAGUUAGCAUUUGUUUAUAUAUUAUCCCGAGAAAAAUAGUCGACGUAUGCCAACAAAUUACUAUUUGAUAAUAGUAUGGACUUUCAAAUGAUAUCAUAGCCUAGCUGAGGGUCAAUAAGAACGAAACAAAAUGGCGGCACGCCAUAAUUACCUUACGCUUGUCUACACCUGCGUCCCGCGUACCACAAAAUCAAUGUUAACAGCGAUAACGACGCCUCUCAUACAGAGUGCCAUAACUGACCGAUUCUAUACUAUUAUUAUUUAUUUGUCAACCCCGUCAGACUAUUUAUCUCGAUUAAAAUAAGGUACAUAAAUGUGUUUAUUAAAGUGCCAAUAUAUUUAGCUUUCUAACUUAUGUAUCUUUUAAUGCAACUUCGAACAAUGUGCCUUCAAAACCCUACAUGAUAUGAUCUAUUAUUGUUCUUUGAAGGUUGAAGAAAAGUUUUCGUAACUAAAAAUAUACGAAAUCACAUAGAUUUUUUUAAUGUGAAAUUAAUUCAUUCCAUGUUAUAAGUAUUUAUUGUUUCAUAAUGUGAUUAACCAAUUUAUUAUAAAUUUCUCUAUUCUUAUAGUUAUAUUUUUAUGAUUCUUUUGUAAGUUUCAGAAGACGACGCGUCUUUUUGGAAGUACGUAAAUGUAGUACCUAAUAAAGAAUAAUAAUUAUA